UGUGACUAGGAGUGGAUCAUGCGAUCAUAGCUGGGAAAGCUCUGCUAAGAGUCCCAGUGGAGUGAGAAAGCCAAAAAAGUGAACACACAGCUGCCCUGCAUUGGUCCUUUUGCUUUUUUUGGUGGGCAUCACCUAUAAAUCUUUUUAUUUUCCCACCCUCUCCAACUUAAUUUAUACACCAGAGUAUACAGAAGGGCAGGAUGGACUUUGGAGUGAUUGCUUCGAAAACUGUGUUACUAUUAAUUAGCCUCAUCUUUUGGGCUGCAGCAGCUGGCCUCACCUAUGUCGGUGGGUAUGUUCUCAACACGUACAAGGCCUAUGAUCCCUUCCUUCAAGACAAAUAUGCUCUCUUGCCAGCAGUCAUCAUCAUUUGUGUCGCUGUGGUGAUGUUCAUAAUUGGGUUGGUUGGCUGCUGUGCCACCAUCCGUGAAUCCAAGGUUGGACUGGGAGUGUUCCUGGUCAUUAUCCUGAUGAUCUUCGUUGCAGAAGUGGCAGCCUUUGUUCUUGGAUUUAUUUACAGAGGAAAGAUAAAAACAGAUUUGCAUGAACCAAUGGUACAAGCAUUCAAGGUCUAUGAUGGGAAAUCAGAAGAGUCUCAUGUCGUAGAUUACCUACAAAGAGAGCUUCAGUGCUGUGGCAUCGUCAAUUACACAGACUGGAUCGGUAGCCAGUGGUACAAUUCCUCUGGCAAGAACAACAGUGUACCCUUGAGUUGCUGCAAGCUAGAUGUUAGCAAGAACUGCACUGGACAGCUGAGUGAGACAAAAUUUCUCAAUACUCAGGGCUGUGAAGACAAAGUGAAAUCUAUUCUACAGAGUGUCCUUAGCUAUGCUAUGGUUGUCAUCCUCGGCUUUGCCAUUGUGAAGUUCUUUGGAAUGCUUAGUGUCUGUGUGCUGGCCUGCAAGAGAGAAAGUGAUGGUUACCAACCUUUAAAUUCAGGAGUAUUUGCAUGACCGGAUGACGGAGAGUGACUUUCCUUUUGGUCUUACAUGAAUUAAAUGGAUGUGGAAAAGAUGCCUUGCAAAGAAAAUGUUGACCUGCUUUUCUAAAAAUGCCAAAGGAGAUUGUGAUCAUUUUAAAAAGUUGUAUUUAAUGUGAAAUAGCUUGGCUUUAAUAUAUUGAUUCAGCCUGAAGUAGCUGAAUUAAAGUGAACAUCUUUCCUUAGAACAGUCUUUCUCAACCUGGCAUGCUCUAGAUGCAAAGGGAUAAUGGGAAUAGUAGUCCAGUAUAUCUCAAGGGGCACCAGUUUGGGGAAGCCUACCUUGGAACAAUAGCAUAUGAAGCCAUAAUAAUAAUAAUAGUUUUUAUUUAUAUCUUCCUGCCUCUCCUGAUGGAUCGAGGCGGGAUCACAACAGAGUUAAAAACAAUUACAAUAUUACAACAUUAGUUACCACAUAAUUAAAGCCACAGCUAAAAACAUUAGAAAGGGCAGUCCUCUGUAUAAAAUUCUUAUGAGAUUUAUAUAUAUAUAUGUUUGUUUUUUAAAAUGUUCUUAAAGAAAUUAUUUUUUUCAAACCCAAUUAUUUCCCCUCCAAAUAUCUGAUGUGUUUCUCCUGUUCUGUUGAGUUGACUGAAUAUUCACAGAGGAUGCUUGAAGUGAUGUAGGUGUCAUCAUCACCUAUGAAUGUCAAUCUAAGAUUAAUGUAGUCUCACUUUUAGGGUAUACAAAUUGUGCUGACAACUGUUUGCGGUGACUGUUGGCAUCUUCUGAUGCCUCUUGUAGUUUGCAGACCUCUGCCCAUUACAUCUGGGAUCAUCUUUAUUCAAAUCAGAAUGCUGACAUUCAUCAAAUGUCUGAUAGUCAUGGUAUUAUAUGGAUAACCUGGAAAAAGCUUUGGACUAAAACUCCCCCAAUGAACAUGUUGACUGUCUUGGCUGGAGGGUUCUUGGAGUCAUAAUCUGGAAAGGUCACUUUUUCAAGCUUUGACCAUAUGCAUUCUGUAGAGACUUAGAGGAGUGAUACUUUUGCAAUAUGUCCGUAAUUACAUUGGAAACUUUGAAUAAAAAAUAUUUUAAAAAUAAAUUAAAAACAGCUGGUACAGUCUGUUUAGGUCAGUUGGUUAUCCAAUUCCACAUGCUUUCAGCUAGUUUCAAGUGACCAACAUUAUAAAGCACAAUAGUAGAAUCAUAGAGUUGGAAGAGACCGCAAGGGCCAUCCUGUCCAACCCCCUGCCAUGCAGGAAAUCUAAAUCAAAGCAUACCCAACAGAUAGCCAUCCAGCCUCUGUUUAAAGGCUUCCAAGGAAGAUCUCCCUGGAGUUUAUCUGACAAGGGAAAUUGGAAGUAUAAUCCAAUAGCAAUCUGAAUGCAAUCAUGGGGUUUAACAUUAUUGCAUGAUAACCCACUACAUGCAAAUUCGGGCAAUGGGAAGUCAGUCCGAACGCAAU